CCUCUUCAGUUUCUAGAGUCCAGUCCAUCAUGGAUGUGCUGACAGGAAUUUUUCUCUACUGGCUUCAUAUUUUUUGCGCUGGCGUGUUUGCUGAUGUCUGGAAGGUAACUGUAGAGCCUGAAAUGAAGGCUCUGGUCUCAUCUUGUGUCGUGUUGCCCUGUUCAUUCAAAUACCCCGUUCAAGAACAGCCCUCUGAUCGUAUUAGAGCUAUAUGGCACACGAAGGACAACUGGGAUGAUAUUAUUUUUCACAAAGACACUACGAAGGUUAAAGACAGUUUCAAGGGUCGUACAAAACUGAUUGGUUCACUGGGUGGUUUCAACUGCUCCUUGGAGAUUGAUGAGGUCAAAAACCAUGACAACGGGCCGUAUUGUUUCAGAGUGGAAUUAGAAACAUCUAAAAAAGACAAGUACUCCUUUGUGGAAAACUGUGUGUCGAUUAAAAUGAUCGAGCAAGCAUCAAAACCAGAGCUGCAGGCCGAGCAGUCUGUGCAGGAGGGUGAACCUGCAGUCUUCACAUGCUCUGUCCGGCACAGCUGUCCGUCCCACCAGCCCACUCUCACCUGGAACCACACUGGAAAAGUCAUCAUGAGCUACAAGAACAUUGGUCAUGGAAACUGGGAAACACAGUCUGUACUGACCUUCACCCCUCAAAAACAGGACGAUCACAGCGCUGUCGCAUGCACAGUCAAGCACCACGGGAAUGUCAAGGGAGAAAUGACAGUGACUCACCGUAUCUUUGUGAAAGAACAAGCAACUCUCAGUCACAUCCUCAUUCCAACCAUCUCUGGUCUUGGAGCUGCUCUUUUGGUUGGAUUACUGUGUUUCCUCAUUGUCAUGAGAUACAAGAAGCGCAUUGCAGAUCUCGAAUCCAGAAAUGGCAAUGGAAUGCGGAGUCGACUAUCAAGACUGUCUCGCAGGUUUCGUUCAGGUGACGGCAGCAGUGGUCCUGGUGGCAGAGAGCAGAGGCAAGUACACAACAGCGUCUAAUGUGUUCUUCUGCAA